UACGCCAGCUGAAUGCCUUCUUGGAUAAGGACAAUGUUCUCAGAGUGGGAGGACGAUUAUCUCGAUCAGCCUUACACCAUGACGUAAAACAUCCGGCAAUACUUCCGAAGAAAUCUCAUGUGUCAGCCCUUCUAGUCAAACACUAUCACGAGCGUGUACAUCACCAAGGAAGAGGCAUGACCAUGAACGAGCUGCGCGCAAAUGGAAUAUGGAUUCUUGGUUGCGGAAGUGCUGUCUCCUCACACAUUUAUAAAUGCGUAACUUGCAGGAGAUACAGAAGAGCCACAGAAGUCCAAAAAAUGGCAGAUCUCCCGGAAGAGAGAACAGAAAUGUCCCCUCCUUUUACCUAUUGCGGACUCGAUUGCUUUGGCCCCUUCAUCGUAAAGGAAGGAAGGAAAGAGUUGAAACGCUAUGGAUUGUUGUUUACUUGCUUAUGCUCCAGAGCAGUACAUAUAGAAACACUAGACGACUUAACAACAGACGCUUUCAUGAACGCGCUUCGAACAUUUGUAGCUAUUAGAGGACCUGUGCGUCAAUUGAGAUGCGAUCAGGGAACAAAUUUCAUGGGUGCCAGGAGACUGUUUUCUGAAUUGCUUAAAGGAAUUGACCAAGAACGUCAACGAGCAUUCGGUUGCGAAUUUGUAACGAACGUCCCAUCAGCAAGUCAUAUGGGUGGAGUUUGGGAGCGUCAAAUUCGAACUAUCCGAAGCAUCUUAACCGUUAUGCUCGACAAAUCCGCAAGCAGACUUGACACCACAUCGCUGAGAACGUUUCUCUACGAAACAAUGGCUAUAAUCAACAGCAGACCGUUAAGUGUUGAACAUCUUCAUGAUCCCAAUGGACCAGAACCUCUCACACCCAACCAUAUUCUAACGAUGAAAUCAUCAGUUAUUCUGCCCCCUCCCGGGCAGUUUUGCAAAGAAGAUCUCUAUUUGCGCAAACGUUGGAGAAGAGUGCAGUUCUUAGCUGAUGAAUUCUGGCAAAGAUGGAAGCGGGAAUACUUGCUAAACCUUCAACAACGACAGAAAUGGCAAAGAACAACACGGAAUUCACAAGUGGAUGACAUUGUGAUUCUACAAGAUGACAGCUCUCCAAGAAACGAAUGGAAGCUUGCCAGGGUCGUAGAAGUUCACCCUAGUGCAGACAGUAUGGUGCGGAAGUUGAAGCUACUAGUCGGAGACACUACUGAUAAAGGACAGCCACUAACUAAAAGAAUCUACCUCGAAAGGCCCAUUCACAAAGUAGUUACCUUACUUGAAUCUAACUGAGUCACAUACACAAGAUUACAUUCAUUCAGUCUUACAACACCUUUAAUUGACCUUCCACGUAUAGAAAUCCUACAUUUCAAGUUAAUUAGGGAUUUGGUGGGAGUGUAAGUGUUGUUGCAUAAAUACUUGUGUUUUCAUGAUGCACAGUUCAUAUUGCUGUUAUAAUUUCAUGUAACAAAUAUAACUUAAUUUGGUGUAAAGAUAAAAUGUAAUACAUGUUUAAGAACUAAAGGGUAGAAUAAGCUGCUAAAUGAUAUGUGGUUAACAGUGUAUCUAUCUCAUUCUGUAUAUUUACGUUUGUCCCGGAACUAAUGUUUUCUGUCUGUGUUACCGCUACAACGGUUUAAGUCGACACUCACUGCCUUGAAUUCCGGCGGAGCAGAUAGCUCCGAUGCUUGUUAAACUGCAUUAAAGUUAAAAAUGUGGUUUGAAGUUAAUGCAGACGACCAAAUGGACAUUCAAGAGACUUCAAAGAACUUAGUAACCUCUUUUCACGACAAGCGGCCAACGAGUUCUCACGGCGUAUAAGGCAUAUACGACGUUCAAGGCGUACAUGGUGUGAGGCUGGAUGUACCAAAGAGACCCGAUGUGCCCACAGCAAUAAACGCCCGUUGCAAAGAAC